CAGACCCGCAGAAGGCUGUCUGUGCUGUUACUGGAUUGCCUGCAAAGUAAGAUAGUUCUCCAUGUUUUUAUAGUUAUUGUUUUUAUGUUUGUUGGUUCAGGGUGCAUUGUCUGGGCAUUGAAAAUUCUAGCCACUAUUAUUAGUAAACCCAGUUUCAGUUUGGUGCCUUAUGUUGACUUUCUUAACAUGUAUUCAGAAGGAAGAUCUCUCUCUCUCUCUAUCUCUCUCUUCACGGGAGUAUGCCCUACUUGAGCUCUGGUGGACAUUCAAAGAAUAUUUGCAUGGGAGUUUAGAACUUUUGGUUAGACAUAGGGUAUUCAAAGUUUUAAGUGGCUAUUGCUAUAAGUUUUUAAAAGUUCUAGAGGUUUUAUGCAAGUAAUCUGGGGGUUUAUCUGUUAACUUAUGCUUCUGUAAAAAUCAUUAGGGUCCCCUUCCUUUUAAAGCCUACCAGCUAGCAUUCAAAAUCACAAGCAUAGUGAACUAUAGGGAGUGGCAACCAAAAGAAAAAGCCCACCCAGCCUUCCCUUAUCAACUCCCAAGACACCUUCAGAAUCCCAUACCAAUGUUUUAUUACUGUAAAAUGUGGUGGGCUCACAUGUAGUUAGCCAGAGCUGUACUCCGUUUCUCUGUUUUUCAUUUUCUUUUUUCUCUUAUAUUUUGUUGCUCUUAAUUUACUAUCUCUUUUAUUUCAUCUCUCUCACAUAUAACCUCGCUUGGAAUUCUCAUCUCUCUUUUCUCUUUCUCAAGUUAUCUUUCAACGGACCUAUUCUCUUCUCUUUUUCUCCCUCCGUCUCACUAUCGCUCCCAUCUUUUCUGCCUUAUUCUAUUUCUUUGCAUACUUCUCUUCUUUCCUCCACUUCUUUGCCUUCCAUUCUGUAUCAUUCUCCCUUCGGCAUUGUUUAUCGUAACAAAACAAUUUUGUUUGACCUGAAGUUUCCUACCACAAUUUUACGUCGUUUCAUUUGUAAAAGUGUUCAGGCAGGUGAAGCAGUUCUAGAUUUAGCUGGUAGAUUUAGCUGCUUGUGAGACCUGUACCUCUUUAUACUGUCAUGAAUGUACCGUGACCCGAGGACAGGACUAUCUUAUGCAACAAAAGAAGCUUUUAGAAAAAUUCGUGAACAGUUUUCAAUUGAAAAUAGCAACCUUGGGAAGAAAAGGAGCAUGGGGAUCCUAUCUGAGUCAAUUUCUGGGCAAGGUUUCUCUGGAAGACGGAAGAGAACAAAAAAUUCAGACAAUAGGGAAGCAUGUCAUUUCCGAUCGUUGGCUCGAUUCCGCAGAAUUCCAGCUCUUGAAAUUGAAGAUUCCGAGUAGCUUGUACUUUCUCUUUUAUUAGUCUUAUUAUAUGAACUAGUCCAAAACCUGCACAAUAUGUGGAAUGAGAAAUGAGAAAAGAAAAAUAGAAUGUGAUUGUAUUUUUAGCUUAUUAGUGUAUGCAUUCUCAAAAAACUGUACACUACAAAAAUUGACACAAUUGUUUAUCUGAAGUUGAUAUAUGUAUAUACAUAGGU